AUGGCUGUCUCAUUUCCACCCACCCUGGGACUCAGUUCUGCCCCAGAGGAAAUUCAACACCCACAUAUUAAAUUUUCAGAGUGGAAAUUUAAGCUUUUCAGGGUGAGAUCCUUAGAAAAGACGCCUGAAGUGUCUCUAAAGGAAAAGACAGACUCGUCCGAGGGGAAGCCCUCUCUGGAGCAAUCUCCAGCAGCCCCAGACAAGGCUGGCGAUCAGAAACCAGCCCUGAAUCAUCGGGUAUUAAAAGCCUCACCUAAGUUUUCUAAGAAAUCCCACGAUGACAGGAAAGCACGAGGCAAAGCUGUCCACCAAGCCCACCUGCGCCAGCUCUGCCGCAUCUGUGGGCGUUCUUUGAAAACGGAUGGGCACAGCAGAAGAUAUCCAGUCCACGGGCCUGUGGACGCUCAAACCCAAGACCUUUUUCGAAAGAAGGAAAGGAGAGUGACUUCCUGGCCAGACCUGAUCGCCAAGGUUUUCUGGAUCGAUGUGAAGGCAGACGUCGACACGACUCACCCCACCGAGUUCUGCCACGACUGCUGGGGCAUCAUGCACCGGAAGCUGGGCAGUGCCCCAGGUGGAGCUUAUUUCCCCAGGAACGCAACCGUGGAGUGGCCCCCCCACACACCAUCCUGUGACAUCUGCCAUCCUGCCCGUCGGGGACUCAAAAGGAAGAGCCCUCCGCCAAAUGUGCAGCUCAGCAAGAAGCUCAAAACCAUGCUUGGCCGAGCGAGAUGGGCCCGGCGGCGCAAGAAACGAGCUCAGACCAGGCUCUGCAGCAAGGACGUCCUGAAGAAGAUCGCCAACUGCAGUAAGAUCCAUGUUAGCACCAAGCUCCUGGCAGUGGACUUUCCGGAGCAUUUCAUGAACUCGAUCUCCUGCCAGAUUUGUGAACACAUCCUGGCUGACCCUGUGGAGACCACCUGUAAGCAUGUAUUUUGCAGGGUCUGCAUUCUCAGGUGCCUCAAAGUCAUGGGCAGCUAUUGUCCUUCUUGCCAAUACCCAUGCUUCCCCACUGACCUGGAGAGUCCAGUGAAGUCCUUUCUGAGUGUCCUGAACUCCCUGAUAGUGAAAUGUCCAGCAAAAGAGUGCAAUGAGGAGAUCAGUCUGGAAAAGUAUAAUCACCACGUCUCAAGUCACAAGGACUCAAAAGAGACUCUCGUGCAUAUCAAUAAAGGGGGCCGGCCCCGUCAGCAUCUUCUGUCGCUGACU